GCCUCACAUCACUCACCUGCAGGUAGCUAGCUAGGUAGCCACGUAGUAGGCGCGCGGCCGGCCAGCCAUCAUGUGGACGAGGAAGGCGGCGGCGCGGGCGGCCGUCAUGCUCCUGCUGCUCAUCGUCGUCGCACAGGAGUACUCGCCGGCGCCGGCGGCGGAGGCGCGCGUGUGCCGGCGGCGGAGCGCGGGGUUCCGGGGGGCCUGCAUGUCCGACCACAACUGCGCGCAGGUGUGCCUCCAGGAGGGCUGGGGCGGCGGCAACUGCGACGGGUUCAGGCGGCAGUGCAAGUGCGUCAGGCAGUGCUAG